GUGUCAGUCACACUCAUUCAUUGUUAGCGAUGGCAGUAAGACACCAGCAGUCUGUGCUCUGUUCCGUGGCGAUUGCAGUCGUUUGCGUCUCGGCGCUGGCUGCGGCUCUGCCCACCGAAAGCGAAGCUCCCGCCGCCCAAGUGCCAAAGUCCGUCAGCGAUGAACUCCGUCUCCAGUGCGCCAACAAUGACGGAAUCGCAUGCAUCAAGUACAAGUUCCUUGACCUCCUCGACCAGGCUCUCAGCAAGGACACUAUUCAGGUAUCUGACAGCGUUUCAGUGGAGAAGAACACGGAAAGCGUCGCUGAAACCGACGAGGACAAUGAAACCAGUUCGGGCCGCGGAUUCCUCGACCAGGCUGAGCAAUACGUCAAAAGCCACGAUCUGGUGGUGAGACUGCCCAAGAUGCUCGGAGGCGCCAGCCUCUCGUUUUCCAGCCGAAACAUGGACUUGGAUGAAGUGUCAAUGAAACUCAAGAUGCAAGAUGAGUCGGGAGUCGAAGGAAAAAGCCGCAAGAACAGACGCCUGCGCCGCCUCCUCAUUCCUCUGAUGAUCUUCGUCCUCCUGAAGGCGAUGACCCUGGUGCCUCUCGCCGUCGGUGUCCUGGGACUCAAGGCAUGGAACGCCCUGCAGCUCUCCUUCUUCUCGUUCGUCAUCUCCAUCUCGCUGGCCAUCUUCCAGCUGUGCAAGAAGAUAGCCGCCGACAAUGCUGUGGUUCCCGCCGCCCAUACUAGCGCCUGGGACGCCUACAAGUACGCGGCCGCCAGGAACUUCCUGACACAGGCGGCGACCGUGGGUGCGACAGAGAGGCGUCUCGAAGACGCUGACGCUGCUCAGAUGCUGGCGUACAGCGGAUACCCGGUUGCUCAGUGAGGCCGGCUGCCUCAUACCUAGCCAUAUUGGCACCAACAAAUGAGAGAUACCAAAGAGGUUAAUGGAUGCGAUUGAUACCGACCCGAUACCUUACUCCAGAAAAUUCAAAGAGAGUUAUAUUCCUUCGAUUAAACUUCCCACAUUGUUGGUUGAAGGAAGGUUCACUACACCAAACUGUAAAAACUUAUAGAAUAAAAUUUUAUUUAUUAAUUUAUAAAGAAAAA